GCGUCCAGGGCACAGGGCACCAGUAGCAGCGCCGGCGCAGCCCACACUGGUCGCUCCCCAACAGCACGCAGCAGGUAGCACGAAGCAGGCGUUAGCACCUGCAGCGCCCUCUCCGACUACCUAAGCAGGCCGUUGUCUGUACACUGAAACACUCAGACCCUGAAACUGCAAAAUGAAGACCGGACUCCCUACUCCGGAGCAAGUGGCCUACGUGCGGAAGCAGCUGGGGACUAGCGAAAACGACAUCAGAGUGGCCAUCAUGGUGAUACGGAAGUGGCUGAAAAUGCAGCCGCACUUACCACAAAAUAUCGAUGACGCUCGGCUCGAACGCAUGUACAUCAACUGUAAGUGUAGUUUGGAGCGUGUCAAGACCUCCGUAGACGCCUACUUCUCCCUCAAGAACAGGUACCCAGAGCUGCUCAUGAACAGGAAUCCCAGAGAAAUCAUAGGAGUGUGUAAGAAAUUCAUCACGAUGUUCCCGAUGCCGCGGCUCACAGACGGCUGCCUGCGGGUGUCGGUAACGACGAACAUAUGCGAGAACCCGGACGACUACGACCCGCUCGUCAUGAGCAGAGCCAUCCUGCUGUGGUCGGAGCUGAUGCUGCGCGAGGACUACUCGCUGGGCGACAUAAUGAUCCUCGACAUGAAGAACGUGCAGGCGGGGCACGUCCUCAAGACGGGCAUCGGGCUGCUGCGAGGCCUCGAGAUGAUCUACAGGGGAGCUUACUGCCGGAGGAUAAAGGCGCUGCAUUUCGUCAACGCACCAAAGGUUAUGGACAUGAUAAUGACGCUUGUAAGAGCAGCACUACCGGAAAAAAUAAGGAAGAGGGUGAUGACUCAUCUGCCUGGAUCAAAUACUCUGUUUGACCAUUUGCCAAGGUCAAUGGUACCAAAUGAACUGGGAGGCACUGGUGGGCCAGCUGAAGAGCUAGCAGAGGACCAUCGCGAGAGGUACUGGCCACUGGUGGACUGGUUCAUGGAGCAGGACCAGUUCGUCUCGGACGAAAGCAUGCGGCCGCACAACAUGAGCUGUGGCAUGGAGAACGGAUUCAGCGUCGACGGCUCCUUCAAGAAGCUGUGCAUCGACUAGACGGGACGAGUAACGUAGCCAGUGGUGUGCAAACCAUUAGUGCCAUCUGCACAACAAUUCGCUUCCCAGUUACCAGUGUACGCAGAGACUCAUUCACGGAGUGCUCCAGUAUUAAUGAACGAUCGUCCGAAGCGAUCGUUGCUUCCGUAAUGUUGUUUGUAAAUAUCUUAUGUGUCCUUGCUAUGUUACUCUUAAUGAUUACUGUUACAGAGCGUGGAAUACCUUUCCAGUGUUUACAAAGUGUCAGUCUGUUAAUACUGUUACAACAUACCCGUGAUAAAACAAAUUAACAUCCCUUAUAUUUUGAACGUUUUCCGUGUUAACAUAUAUGAUAGAGAAUAACUAUGCAAAUGUAUGUACACAAUUUUUAUUUAUUAAAUACGCAUGCAAAUUUUAAAACAUCAA